UGCAACGAUGAAGAGCUUUGUUGCCAAGUGGUGGCCUGUGAUAAUGAUGAUUGCAAUCAGUCUGGCCUUCGCCAUCAACAAUGUACUUCUCAAGAAGAUCGUGGAUGAUGGGAUCGACCAUUUGGUCUUUGUUACAUAUCGCCAGUGUAUAUCUGCAGUCUUUUUGUCCCCAUUGGCGCUCUUCAUUGAAAGGCGAAGCCGCCCCAAACUUAUGCCGAGUGUACUCUGUUACCUUUUCGUCAGCGCCCUCAUCGGGGGGUCAGUUUCGCAAUAUCUCUUCCUCCUCGGUAUAGAAUACACGUCUGCAACGCUCACCUGCACUUUCCUCAACAUAGUUCCUGUCCUCACCUUUCUAAUGGCCUUGCCAUUAGGAUUGGAGUCACUAAACAUAAGGUGCAGCAGCGGAAAGGCGAAAUUGUUGGGAGCUGUGAUAUGCCUUGGGAGCACCGUAUUGCUAACUCUUUAUAAAGGAGCUCCGCUGAUUCACUUCUCUAACGAUGCACGGCCCGUCAGCCAUGCUAAAGCAAAUGCGCGUGCUUGGGUCAUGGGAUCGAUGGCCCUGAUUGCCGGGACGUUCUGCUGGUCCUCAUGGUUCCUCAUUCAGACAAAGAUCGGAAGGCAGUAUCCAUGCCAGUACUCCAGCACAGCCAUCAUGGCUUGUUUUAGCAGCAUCCAGUCGGCUGCGUUGAGCCUCUCCUUCAACAGGAAGCUCUCUGUCUGGAUCUUGAAAACAAGAUCAGACAUCUUCAUCAUUUUAUACGCCGGAAUUGUGGGAUCGGGGCUGUGCUUCGUCGGCAUGUCGUGGUGUGUCAAGAAAAGAGGCCCCGUCUUCACCUCAGCCUUCAGCCCGCUCGUCCAGAUAAUGGCAGCGUGUUUGGAUGUCCCUCUCUUACACGAACAGCUUCAUCUUGGAAGUUUAAUAGGAUCGAUCGCAGUCAUCGCCGGGCUGUACAUUCUUCUGUGGGGCAAGAACAGGGAAAUGCAGAGCCAGGAAACGAAGUUGAUCCUGCAAGGAACUGAUCAAGAAAUCAAGAAUCAAGAACCUGAGCAGUUCCAAGUUGUAAGAACAUCUGUCGACACUAACCAACCAUGA